ACCUCCUGGCUGACAUUUGAGCCCUGCUUUCGGCACGGUCAAGCCUUUCGGAGGCAGCCGGUGUAUGGCUUGUAUCAAACUCUAUAUUUAGGAAGAACAACUGUGAGCUAUGACAGGAAUUCUCUUUAACACUUAGCCUUCAACUGAGUUCCCCUCCAGCCCCGAGCCAGGAGCAGCUCUCAGUACUGGGAGAGGCACAGAGCACUCGAGCUAUUUCAGCCACAUGAAAAGCAUCGGAAUUGAGAUCGCAGCUCAGAGGACACCGGGCAUCCCUUCCACCCUCCAAGGAGCUUUGUCUUCUUGCACCUGGCUGCUUGGGACUUUCCUUAGGCAGUAAACAAAUACCUAAAGCAGGGAUAAGACUGCUUGAAUAUGUCGAAACAGCCAGUUUCCAAUGUCAGAGCCAUCCAGGCAAAUAUCAAUAUUCCAAUGGGAGCUUUUCGGCCAGGAGCUGGGCAACCCCCCAGAAGAAAAGAAUGUACUCCUGAAUUGGAAGAGGGUGCUCCUCCUACUUCGGAUGAGGAGAAGAAGCCAAUUCCAGGAGCAAAGAAACUUCCAGGACCCGCUGUCAACCUGUCGGAGAUCCAGAAUAUUAAAAGUGAACUGAAAUAUGUCCCCAAAGCUGAACAAUAGUUGGAACAAAAAGGGCUUGUUGUGAAGAAUUAAAGAGGAAGAGGAUGGAUUCAAGUGAAUAUAGCUAAGAAAUUUUAUAUAUUUGUAUGAUGACUAUGAACCACCCUAGCAGAAAUGGCCUGUUUGUACAUUUAUAUCUCUUCCUUCUAGUUGGCUGCAUUUCUCACUUUAAUUUAAUCUUCAUUUUUGGCAUCUUGCAGAAGAAAUCAGUCUGUGAAUUCACCACCUGGACGGUGUGGUUUUGAGGAGGGAUAUAAUUUUAUGGGGAGGGAUGUGGCAAUGUGUGUAAGAAUGAUUUUGAUGGGAAGUUCUCUAAGCUAGUUCUCACAGAGUUUGGUCAAUAUUUGGAAUGUAUUUUAGUUCUUCACCUUUUAAAUUAUGUCAAUAAACUUUUUAUGAGUUCAAAUAAAUAUUUGAGUAAAUGUAAAA